UGUUUUUCAGCUGGCCAGACCUGCACUGCGGGGGCUGCUCCACUGGAGCCGUGUCAUCAGUAACGUUAGCAGGGCAGGAACACAACUCUCAAGAACGAGACGGGCAUUAAGCACUUCCCACCAGCCUGGUUGAACACAAAAUAUUAUUUUCGUGGAAAGUCGCAGCAGGACCUCUGAUUGUCGUCGAGUUAUUGCCAACCUUGUUGUUCAAACAUCAGCAGCUACAGAGUUGCUAACUGUCUGCCUGGCUAUCCUGCCAGCCGGUUAGCCCUUGCUAGGAGCAGUAGCAACUAACCUAGUUUAGCUGUCGGCAGCCUGGCUACCCGGGAAGAGCUGCCAGCAUGAGGCUGAAAGUAGGAUUCAUUUUACGGAGUUUGCUUGUCAUUGGGACGUUUCUUGGUUUGGUGGUGCUCUGGUCCUCUUUGUCGCCGAAACCCAGCGAUGAAAACCCCUUUGGAAAACGGGAUGACAGUUGGCUGCCCAAAGGAGACCUUGCAGAUCAGUUUAAGCCUGUAGUGCCCUGGCCUCACGUGGAGGGGGUGGAGGUUGACCUCAACUCCAUCAGACUCAGAAAUGGAGGAGCCAUUCAUCAACAGAACCCUGACCAGCAACCCAACCAGAAGAAGGUGAUCCAGCAGCAGUAUGUGACAUUCAGACCCAACACACAUGCCUACACCAGCCCCAUCCUGAAGAAAGGUAUCCUGGGAAACUUCGAGCCCAAGGAACCUGAGCCUCCAGGCGUCCCUGGUGGUCCAGGAGAGGGAGCUAAGCCUUUUGUCCUGGGUCCAGAGUACAAAGACUCAGUCCAGGCUUCCAUCAAAGAGUUUGGCUUCAACAUGGUGGCUAGUGACAUGAUUUCACUGGACAGGACCAUCAGUGAUAUACGCCAUGAAGAGUGUAAGUACUGGCAUUAUGAUGACAGACUUCUGACCUCUAGUGUGGUGAUAGUCUUCCAUAAUGAAGGCUGGUCUACACUGAUGAGAACCGUCCACAGUGUCAUCAAGAGGACUCCCAGGAAAUACCUGGCUGAGAUUGUCAUGAUAGAUGACUUCAGCAACAAAGUCCAUCUGAAGGAGCGUUUUGAAGACUACAUCAAGCAAUGGAACGGUCUUGUUAAACUCUUCAGAAAUGAGAAGAGAGAGGGACUAAUCCAGGCCAGGAGUAUAGGAGCCCAGAAGGCCACUAAAGGACAGGUGCUGAUCUACCUGGAUGCUCAUUGUGAAGUUGGAAUCAACUGGUAUGCUCCAUUGGUUGCUCCUAUUUCAAAAGACAGAACGGUGUGUACGGUGCCUCUGAUCGACUCCAUACAUGGCCAGAGAUUCACCAUCGAGCCCCAGGGUGGAGGAGACCAGGACGGCUUUGCUAGAGGAGCGUGGGAUUGGAGCAUGCUCUGGAAGAGAGUUCCUCUGGGAGACAGAGAAAAAAAACUCAGAAAGACUCAGACUGAGCCAUAUAGGUCUCCAGCCAUGGCAGGUGGUCUCUUUGCUAUAGAGAGAGACUUCUUCUUUGAACUGGGUCUGUAUGACCCAGGACUGCAGAUAUGGGGAGGAGAGAAUUUUGAAAUAUCAUACAAGAUCUGGCAGUGUGGCGGCCAGCUGCUCUUUGUACCGUGUUCUCGUGUCGGCCAUAUCUACAGACUUCAGGGAUGGCAAGGCAACCCUCCACCUGCACAUGUUGGAUCCUCUCCCACUCUGAAGAACUACGUUCGUGUGGUGGAGGUAUGGUGGGAUGAAUAUAAGGACUACUUCUACGCUAGUCGUCCUGAAACUCUCACUCUAGCCUACGGAGACAUCAGUGAGCUUAAACGCUUCAGGGAGGAACAUCGAUGCAAGAGCUUCAAAUGGUUCAUGGAGGAAAUAGCGUAUGACAUCCCUCUGCACUACCCUCUGCCUCCUAAAAAUGUAGAAUGGGGGGAGAUUCGGGGCUUUGAGACAAGUUACUGUAUUGACAGUAUGGGACACACCAAUGGAGGCAAUGUGGAAAUAGGACCGUGCCACAGGAUGGGUGGCAACCAGUUGUUCCGCAUCAAUGAAGCCAACCAGUUGAUGCAGUAUGACCAAUGCCUGACCAGAGGAGGUGAUAAUUCAGCUGUCAUUAUCACACACUGUGACCAGAACCAGCUCACUGAGUGGAAGUACUUCAAGGAUCUCCAUCGGUUCACUCAUGUGCUAACAGGGAAAUGUCUAGACCGCUCUGACCUGCUCCACAAGGUGUUCAUAUCAGACUGUGACACCAGUAAAACCACGCAGAAAUGGGAAAUGAACAACAUAGUGGCUGUAUGAGGACUGGACAACUCGCACAAAGAGGACCACUAGGAGCUUGGAGAGGAACACGGUGACUGUAUGAGGACAUAUGCACUGAUUAACACAUGCCAAGAAACACAUCCAUAGUAAGUUUACAGAUAUAUCAAGCUGAUAUUGUCCUUUUCAACAAAAAAUGUUCUUGUUAUGAGCCAGUCAUUGUCAGUUCACCUCCAACACAAUGGAGUCAGAAUGGUCAAAUAUAAAGAUAUCAAGUAUCCAUUAUUAUCAGCUUCAACCCAAAACUGUUGGCAUCAGCCAAAAUAUCCCACUGUCAAACUUUAGUUCAUAUAUUUGACCAUAAUAUAGAAACAUAGACACUCCAGAUGGCAGAAAAAUUGGUUGAUAAAGAAGCUUAAGCUGCUUUUCCUCAGAAUGACAAACAGUGAACUGGAAACAUGUUGGGCUCCGUCUCUGUCUCAGUCUUUUGUGGUGGUUGUGUUUACAUAAUGUCUCUCUAUCUGUUCUUAUGGGCUCUCAGGUCUUUUCUAAACCACUAUGUUGAUUUAUGAAAUUAAUCACAUCAAUUCUAAUUAUUGAAAAGUCAUGCUCUAAUUAGACUUUGUCAAUCAACUAUUAGCCAAAGUGAUUAGCUCACUUACCAAAGAGUCCUUUUUUAUUGGUGGAGGAUUCAUUCACACCAUCAGUGUGUUUAACCAGGUGUACAUACACUGGCUGGCAUAAUGCUUGCUUUUGUCUGCAACUCUGUUUUAGAUGGAUUAAAGGUUGAAAUAGUGUUAGAAUGUCAAAAACAACUCAUUUAUUGGAAAUAUCAAAGAAAGAACACUCGGGUGAGCCAAAUCUGUUUUAAAAGACCAGAAAUUAAUGGAAACGAGCAAUCGGCUCCAUAUUUUUGAAAAUUUUGAAUUUGUUGACUUGGUGGUGUAAUGUUGAUGUUGAUUAGGGUUAAAGAGCUAGCUAGUUUUCUGUAUGUAAAACAAAUCAUCAUGUAGAAAUAACAAACUGUCCUGUUCUAUCAGCUGCUGGCCAACAUACCAGUGUCACCAUGUCAGUUAUAAUACAUCAACUUUCCUCUGGGGCCAAAGCAGACAGAAGGUGAAAAGGAUGUCCUUAGAUAACAGAGAUGUAAUAAAGCUCCUAUAGACACAUGCUGAACAGGCUAAAAAGGACUUUGACAUAUUGAAUUGUAUUUUUUUUUUCUUAACACUAAGACUUCAGAGUCUGUGAAAGUCAUUUUUAACAUCCCUGGUUAAAGAACUACUUCUAUCUUGAAGCUAAUACAGUAAUCUGACAGACUGAAUUUGGUUAAUGAAUAAGCAGAAUGAUUCACGACACCGUAUCAGAAGCCUGACCAUGACAAAAGAAAACUACAAAGAGGGAAAAAAAAGCAAUACUCGUGUCCUACAUAAAGCUUCAUACAGUGUUCGUUUACCUAAACCACCUCAAGGUCCAUCCCCUUUGUGCCAUGUCUAAACCAGCAGUGAUUCAGUCCUCCUGGAUUAUGCUUUCAAAUGCACACUAGCAUGAAAAAAGUAACCCAUACACUGUAUUUAUUUAGUUAACU